AUUCUACCCACGCCAUUUAGAAUGAACUAUCCCAUAAUUCCAAUAAUCAUGGCGACUGGUUUUGAAAUCGACGAUUUGGUGUGGGCAAAGAUGAAGGGAUUUCCGGCAUGGCCGGGAAAGAUUAUAGAGCCAAAACCUGAAGUGAAGAAGCCUGCUAAUAACAAGAAAGUGCACCACUUUGUCUUUUUCUUCGGGUCUGAAAACUAUGCUUGGAUUCCAGAAGAAAAUGUCUACUUGUAUAGUGACCACAGAGACAAGUUCAAGCUCUCAAAAAGAAUUCCUAAAGGAUUCAAGGAAGCCCUGGAAGCAAUAGAAGAUGAAUUAAAGGAAAAACCAUUUAUUAAAACAUUUAAGACACAAGAAUUGCCAUCCAUUGAUGAAGAAUUGGCCCAGAUCUUCCCAGGAAAACCAUCAGCAGGUCCUCAGAAAGAUUACACAAGAGAACCAUUGAAAGGCAAAAAGAAAAAGAAAACAGAAGAGGGAAAAGAAACCAAUAAGUCUACAGAGACACAGACAAAGAGGAAGAGAGCCUCAGGGUCAGAAGAACACCCUAAACCAAAGAAAGCAAAAGUCAUCGCCAAAGUGACAGGUUCCCCCAGCAAAAUCACCCUGUCCCCCGAUCACAAACUGAAACCCAAAAUCAGAGCAGAGCUACCAUCUCCAAGGCCUGAGCACAAUCUUCCAAUGUCACCACCGAGCAACAGUUACAUUCAGGCCUCCUUAUCACCAGGCAACGCCACAGCCUCCACACAGAUCGAAGAAACCCUCCUCAAGGUCAAACCAGUCGCCAAACCCUCAGUCAUACCAACGCCCAUGCGUAUUGGAUUUCUGGGACUGGGAAUCAUGGGUCAGGGCAUGGUCAUGAACCUUCUUAGGUCAGGUCAUGAGGUCACAGUGUGGAAUCGGACAGCACUUAAGUGCAGAGAUUUUGUGAAGUCGGGGGCAUUCAAGGGGAAUAAUCCUGCUGAGGUCGUCCAGUCAUGUGACAUCACCUUCUCCUGUGUUGCCGACUCCACGGCUGUCAAAGAUGUAAGAUUUCCCAGAAUUGGUGUUUGGUAAUUGUCCAAAGGAAAUUAAGAUUCAACCAUAGAUGAGGAAACCAUGCAAGACGUGGCAGAGGCAAUAACAGCACGAGGUGGAGUGUUUUUGGAGUCCCCUGUAGUUGGAAGUCGAGUUCCUGCUUUAGAGGGACAGCUCAUAAUCUUAGCAGCGGGAGAAAGAAAGCUAUACGAUGAAUGCUACUCCUGUUUUGAAGCCAUUGGAAAGAAAUCUCUUUAUUUAGGGGCGGACAUUGGAGCUGCCACCAGGAUGAAGCUGAUUGUUAACAUGGUGAUGGGGACGGUGGUAGCGGGACUAGCGGAGGCGAUGGCGAUGGCGGAGAAAGUGGGUCUGGAUCAGGAGGACGUGGCGGAGGUCCUGUCUGUGGGGGCCCUGUCCUGUCCCACCGUCAUUCACAAAAGUCAAGCCAUCCUUAGCCAACGAUAUGAUCCUCAUUUCCCACUACAACACCAACAGAAAGAUCUGAGACUAGCACUGCUGUUAGGAGAUAAAGUAGAACAGCCACUGUAUGUGGCUUCCUCAGCUAACGAGCUAUACAAGAAGGCUCGAAGACUUGGGUAUGGGGAGAGUGAUAUUUCUGCUGUUUACCGCGCCUCCAGUAACUGAGUGUAGAGAGAGAGAGACUUGUGAAAGUGAUUCGCUGGGCAUGACUGUAACACGUGUGACUUAACUGUGCAAUGACCCUGGUGAUUAAACCUCUAGACGCACCAAUAACAGUAUUGAGAAUAGGUGAAAAGUGCAAAAAAUUUAUUCUUCUAUGAAGAAACUUAAUCACUACCAAUGUCAUUACACUGAGAUUCACAUCAUUUUACUGGACGUUAACGCGCCGAGGGGGACCAUGUGAUCUCGCCACAGAUACAGUGAUGUUUUAGACAGUUUUACAAAGUUGUGUAGUAAACUUUUAAUUAGAUACUUCUGUUGAGUAAUAAUCAUUAUUAGUUCAUUUUAUAUAAAAAGUUCAUUUUAUAGAGUAUGAUGAGAUCUUUUCUUCUGUUUUAAAGAUAUUUGUCUUAAGAAAGCAUAGAAAGUUUGUGUAAUAUAUGAGGUGCCAUCUGCAUGCAUUCAUGAUAAGAUAUUUGAUGCAGAAAUUAUGUUAAAUUUUUGUCAUCAAUGUUAAAGUCAGUUUAUUUUAGUUGUAUUUUCCUACAUUUCUCCCUUUGUAUGUGGCAUUUUUUCAUCCAGAUCUAAAUUUAUGGCAGCUAUGGGCUUGAAUCUAAUGUGCUGUGUUGGUUUCUAUAUUUGUUUUCAUCAGCUGGUAGAAUUUCAUCAAAUGAGCGACCAAAAUUAAUUGUAAUGGGCAGUACAUUGGAACUUAUCUGACAAGGAACUGUCAGUAUUUUAUUUGCUUUGUUUAGUGUAUCAUGUUGAACAAAAUAGUGAAUGUGUGGUUUGAAUAAUGUAGAAUUUAAAAAAAAAAUGUUUGUGUGAUUGCAGUUUGUAGAAAAACCCUGAGAUAUGUAUUAUAUACAUGUUAUCUUUUUGAUUGUAAAUCAUGGAGUACAGAGACAUAACCAGAUAGAUACUGGGAGCUUUGUUUAGAACUGUAUUCGUAUUUGAAUCAUGUUUAUGCUGAGUUCUGUACAUAGACACUUCUUGAUGUUGUAUAUCAAAAAAUCAUAAACCUAAAAAAAAUUUCAUGUAUUCAUCCACUGCAUCCAUUCAUUAAAAACCUCAUUAAAAUGAUUAAAAUGAUGACAAGCUGUUUGAAAUAA